AUGGCAUCUGCUUCGAUAGAAUUACCAGCUUCUAUAGAAACUUCAUCUAAUUUAAUGGAAUUGGCAACUACGUCUAAAGAUAUGCCAUCAUUUUCGGAAGAAUCUCUAGUCUCAGAAGUCCCAAAAGAAGGCACUUUUGUUUUAGCGAAAUUUAGUUCCACGCGGGGCAAAAAGACUUACAAAUACGUAUGUCGUGUACAAGAAGUCUCAGAUACCAAAAUUGUAGUUACAGGGCUCAAGUCAUACAAACGAAAGAACACGUUUCGAAUAAUCGAAGAUGAUAUCUCAAUUAUUGAUUUCGAAGACAUAGUUACUUAUCUUCCACAACCAGAGAACUUAGAUGCAGAAUUGUUUAAGUUUCUAUACAAUAUUGAUGUGUACGAAGUACAAUUUUUGUCUUUUUUGUAUAAAUAA